GAGGGAUGUGAGAUUGUGUGUGUGUGAGGGUGAGAGAAAGAGAGAGAGCGGAAAGAGAGCUGAGGAGAAGAGAGUGCUGAGAUCCUCUGUGUGUCAGUGGAAGCUGCUUCUGUCUCUCUGGAUUUUAGCAGAGGCUGCCUCUGCCUCUGGUAGGGAGGAGAGAGAAGUAGAAAGAGAGAACAAGGGAGAAACAGAGAGCGCGAAGGAGGGAGAGCGAGAUAGAGAGAGAGCGAGAGCGUGAUCUUUCUCUCGAUCUCUGCUGGAGCACAAGGAUCUAUGCUGAAUACUUCGUCACUCUUUCUCCUCCUCUUCCUCUCGUUCACCGGACUCCUCUUUAGAACAGAGGGAAACCUCAGACUUGGCGCUCAUCCGUUGCCGUGGCAAUGGGCUGUCGGCUCUCAGGGCCGUGGUUCGGCGAUGGAUUGGGGGUCAGUGGGCGGGAUCUGAGUCAACUGACCAAACGGGAUCUUUCCCACCUGAGUAAACGUGAUGCUCUUAGAAUCCUGGCUGCCUAUGAGCAGCCAAUCACAUUGCAGAUCAAGAGCCAGCGUGGGAGGGGUUAUGGACUACAGGACUGCAGCACGCAGACUGAGAGACACUGGGAGCCUCUCACCCUGCCCCCCCACCUGGCCUUGCGCAGUCUGGGUGUCACAGCAGCUGGAACCAUGCCCAGGGUCAACCCUGCCUACCAGGACAGACACUACUGCAGCCACAUGAGUCUGCCUCGUGAUCACCGUGACAACGGGAGAUAUGAGUAUCUACCUACCGCUCCACAAGACAUAGAGGAGUUGGAUCCACUUGGUUACCAGGACCUGGAGCUGGCCAGUCGUGUUCCGAGGGAUCAGAGCUGUCUGAUUGGCUGCUGCAACAACCUAGAAGAGCCCAGCAGUUACCACAGCCAGACUGAGGAUGAGGACUAUAUGUUGGAGAAACCUCUAGGCUACCUGCCACUCCACCAUGAGCUGGACAGCGGCCUGGGCUGGACCGACGGUAGCCUGCACCAGGGAGACCUUUCUGGCCUGGAGACAGAGGAGGGGGGUCUGGAGGAAUGUCACCCCAGGGGAGGGGGCCUGGCGGUCAGUGGAGGAGGGGGUGGAGGUGGGGGGUCUCCAUCCUCUGAGUCCUUCAUCUCAUCUGAGCUGAGUGACUCGGGGUUCUACAGCGUGAGCACGGGAGAGUUCCGCCGCUUCCAGAGGUUGUUAGAGAAGCGCAUGUGCCUGUACAAAGCUCGUCUCCACCACCAGAGGGAGGUGUGCGAGCGGGAGCGCCGCGACAGCUGCCAGAAGAACCACAGAGAGCUGCUUGAAGCCAUCCCUGAGGCACUGACCAUGCAGCCCCAGCCCUCCUGCUCCAUACCUGGCCUGGCCGCUCCAUCCAUGGGCCCCCCACCCCACGGACUCUUCAGGGUGUCGUCCGUACAGUUCCGGAAGGCGGAUCGUCCCUGUCUGAGCAGACACAGCUCAAGCAGCGGGUCCCUAUUCAACCCUCACCACGCCCCUGCGCCCCUCUCUGCCCAUGCGCCUGUCCUCUCCACCUGCAGUACCCCCUCCGGCCACCGCAGGCCGCCACCUCCACUGCAGCAUCAGGGCUCCAGCUCAAUGGGGCAGCUGCGGAGAAGCAGAACCCUGCACCACCGUGGCCCACCCCAGGAGCGUGUCAGACGGGCCAGUCACCCGUCAUCCCCCUCCUAUGCCACCCUGGAGCAUUGUGGGGUAGCGCCACCUAGAGGCCUGGAGCUGGGCCUGCCUGAAGAGGGAGAAUCAGAACUGGUCCUCACACACCCAGCAGGACUGGCCCUCUCACCCCAGCAACAUGCAACCUCUCUGGGGGAACACAGAGGAGCUGUGCCCUUACCAAGGGGACAUUACUGCGACAAUAGUGGAGGUCGUGAUCAGCUGGUUAACGACAGGAGGCAGCAGCAGGAGAGGAGCUUUAUGUCAGAGAUACCAGUGCGGGAGAGGGAGCAAGAGAGGGAAAGAGAAAGAGAAAGGGAGCGUGAGAGGGAGCGUGAAAGAGAGCGAGAAAGAGAAAGAGAGCGAGAAAGAGAAAGGGAGCGUGAGAGGGAGCGAGAAAGAGAACGAGAGAAAGAAAGAGAGCGGGAAAGGCAAAGAGAAAGAGGAAGAUCGGUGCGCCGCUUCAGCACCCUCAGCCACCCUCCCCAGACAUCCAUGGACAUCCAUGAGACAUGGCCUAAGCCGGCCAAUCGGCUGUCCCACCAGGGGUCAGGGGGUGGUGGGGGCCUCUACAGCACCCUGGAGGGCCACACUGGCGUCGGGGCUGGGGUCGGUGGAGGGUCCAGGAAGUGCCCCAAUCCUAACCCCAACCCGACCCCCAACACUAACUCCAACCAUCCUAACCCGAGAGCUGUGAGGAACCAGAUUCUUCGCGACCGGGCGUCGCAGCUAGCGGACGAGCGCAGCGGGAUGAGUACGGAUGAGGAGAGUCAGGAGGUGAUGAGGGGGAGGUACUGGAGCCGCACAGAGAGAAGGGAGCACCUCCUACUGGCCCGUGAGCAGAAACAGCAACAACAGCAGGCCCGAGGGCAACAGGCUUACACAAGGCCAGGAGCCAAUGGAGGAUCAGGUUCUCUGAGAGAGGCAGGCGUCAACACUAGAGGAGGAGCUAUGGGAGGAGGAGGGAGAGGAGUAAUUCAAGAGGAAGUGGCUAUGUCUGGAGGGGGAGGGUCUUUGGGAGAUGGCCGGUGCAACACGGUGCUGGAGCUCAGCCAAAGGAAGUUGAGUCGUCUGCAGAACAGGAAGCUGUUAGAUGAUUGGACGACGGUGGAGGAGCUGCUGACUCAUGGGACGAGGCUGGGUACCCGAGACGAGAUGUCCCUCUGUCCCAGCUCACUACUGACUGUCACUACUGUAUAGGGUCUGUGUGUGUGUGUGUGUGUGUGUGUGUGUGUACAUGCGUGUUUUCCACUAUAAAGCACCACGGACAAUAGCUUUGUGUGUGUGUGUGUGUGUGUCAGUGCAUGACCUUCUUACUAACUGAAUACUGUAACACACUGCAAGUGUGUGUCUGUUACAAUCUGUGAGUCUGUGUGAGAGAGGAGCGGUAUGUGUGUGUGUGUGUGUCUGCACCAUGUCUGGCUGCCUCAUGCUCAUGGGGUUUGAAAAACAGUUUUCUAAAACACAAUAGAGAGAAAUAGUAAUGGCGUCUUUUUGUAGGCACUAACUCCGCCAUGGUUCAUUGAACAAAGCCGAUGAGGAAAAUGAAUGGCGUUUUUGUAGGGGUUUUGGAUAAAUGCCGAAAAUAAGGUCUGUGUGGAAACGCUGGCUUAGGAGAUCUUAUACAUUUUGUUCUGUGAGAAUCUUCAUCAGCUAAUGCCACUUUUUGUGAAUUUUGUUGUUGUAAAAAAACAUAAAUCACAUAAUUCAUAAAGGUCACGUUAACUGACUGCUAUUAUCUCAUUCGGUAUUUGUUCCAAAACUCUUUCCCCAUUCACUUUUCCCAUCGGGAUGGAUGAACGAACCAGAGGUAACUUAUUUCCGGGUUUUAAGACUACAAGCUGGCGAGCUCUAUACAGUAUCAUGUCAUUUUGUUGCUCUUAUCUUUGGGUCAUUUUUUAAUGUAAAAAAAAAAAAAACGCUGACUGGUGACAUUGAUGAAACAUUGACUUUUACGCCUCAACUAAAAACGUGACUGAGAUUUCUAAAAAGCAAUACGGCACCGUAAGAGAAUCCGCCAGAACAACGCUCGCUGGACAUGAGAUAAGAUGUCAUCUGACACCGAUGCCACAGCACAGCAAGCGUAGCACUGUGUGUUCAUUGAUAACCACCCCGCUCAAUCGACGUGUUUUUGACACCGAGAUCCAGUUUACAGUCUUAUAGGGGUAGGGUGUUGCAGUGGGAGAUGUUUGUACCAGUACCUGAUGUGAUUGUGCUCAACCCGCCUGGUACCCUUGAUUCCGCAACAACCAACCCAACCCUCUCCACCCUAUCGUUGGCUUGACGUUUACGUGACCCGCUUCCAGGGAUAGAUACUGUAGAGUAGAUAGAUGGAGUAAGCUGACGCUGAAGCUGGCCAGAGGUUAAUGGUAAAUAGUUGUGGUACUUGGAGGCCUCUGCAGGUUAGGAGUCAAUUAGGCCCAGGAAAGAGGCUGGUGUUUUUACAGUUAACCCACAGAACAUUGACUGUACAGGGGAAGGGACACUGUCCAGUGGAAUGACUGUAGAAUGAUCUAUUGCUGUUGUUAUUUAGAUCACAAAGCAUUCAUGGAAGAUUACGAAUGAAAUUGUUUGUCGUAGUGGUGUAGAGCCUUUCCAGAUAUAACACUCACAAUCCAUGUAAACAACAAACUUUUUUUUAUUAUUUUUUUUUUAUUGUAAAGAGUCUGGCUUUAUUAAUGGUUUGAAAGGAGCGGACCAGGAUUCUGUAUAUUGGUCUUAGCUGGCUAUGUAUAGCCUUGUUACUUCUGUGUUAUUUUCUUCUGUACAUAUUCAUUAUGGAACGUACCGUACAAGGCUAGGGUACAGGGUCGACAAUGGGGUGUUAGGCUCUAGUUGCCGAGGGCCACAAUGUCUGUAAAAUUGUAUUUCUCCCUUGAUUGAUAAGACAGAUGGGGGUCAGAUGUAUAAUAAAAAAAUAAAAUUUAAAAAAGGCUUAUGUCAGGGUUAUGCAGACUUAUGUCAGGGCUAUGCAGGAUUAUGUCAGGGCUAUGCAGCCCUGUUAACUCAAGGUUCACUGUGGUAGGUACUACUCACACUGUCAUUGAUAACUUAAUGUAAUAAUAAUAGGUGUGAUUUGCUUUGUGAUUAGUGUCGUCAGCACUCAUCAUUAGUGGCACAUGGCGCUACAGGAUCACACACCUUAAUGCAGUGAGUGUGUUUCUCACACACUCUCACACCGCGUGUGGUUCUUACACACACACACACACACACACACACAGCAAGAAAGACUCACAACUGCCUGGUGCGUGAGCUGAGAGAGGCUGAGGAAGAGGGAAAUGGAAGAUAGUGGGAGAGGGAAAUAAAUACUGAGAAAGAGAAUGAGGGAGGGAUGGAGAGAGGGAGCGUGAUGGAUUCGUCGCUCUCUCCUCGAGGUGUUCCACGUCACACUCGGCAUGACUCAAAUGCUCGGAAUAAUGGAUGAAAAACGACAGGAUUUAUUCCCUCCAUCCCCUCCUCCAUUUCUCUCUAUAUAUACUGUAUGGUGAGGAUUAUUAAGGCUGAAAAUAGCCUUCCUUUCCUGUGAGAAGUGAAAUCGCACAGGAGAGACGCUUGGGGUGGAGGGGGGGGACUUGUGAUUUAAAGUGAUGCACACCUCUGGUUCCUCUCCCUAUUCUCACUAUACUGUUUCCCCAGACAGGGCUCCAAACGUCUCCCACACCUUAGCGUCUGCGCAACUCUUUGGUUCUGCUCGUUUUCACUUUUCAGAAGACUCUUUUUGGGGUUAGGAUGAUGAUGUACAUGUGGUUGUAAUAAAGAGAUUUUAAUUAGCUACUAAAACC